AUGCCAGACAUCCGCAAUGAAUAUGAGGCAUUAGAAGUGAUAGGCAAGGGAUCUUUUGGUACCGUGCGCAAGGUGCUUCAAAAACUGACCCGCAAAAUUUUUGUAAGGAAAGAAAUUGAAUAUACUUCAAUGAACGGUCAAGAAAGAAACCAAUUGAUUUCCGAGCUUCGGAUUCUACGAGAGCUCAACCAUCCCAACAUUGUCAAGUACUAUCGCCACGACCAUAUCCAGGAGUCCAAAACCAUACAUAUCUACAUGGAGUACUGCGAUGGUGGCGAUUUGGCACAAGUCAUAACCAAUUUCAAGACGAAUGGAGAUACAGUUCCCGAGGAAUUUGUAUGGCAAGUGUUGAUCCAGACCCUCUUAGCAUUGCACAGGUGCCACUACGGUGCCGAUGCUCCAAAAGUAAACUUAUUCUCAACCAGGACACCUUCAGAACCCAACAUCGACCGAGAGCAAGUGGUGAUUCACCGUGAUAUAAAACCAGAUAACAUCUUUAUGCUCAAUUCGGGCAAAACCAUCAAAGUGGGCGACUUUGGGUUAGCCAAAAUGUUGACGUCGAACGAAUUUGCCAAAACGUAUGUGGGGACGCCAUACUACAUGUCGCCUGAAGUUUUGAUGGACAAUCCAUAUUCUCCGGUUUGUGAUAUAUGGUCAUUGGGGUGUGUUUUGUACGAGCUUUGCUCAUUACAACCUCCUUUCAAAGCCAAGACCCAUCUUCAGCUCCAAAGUCGCAUUAAACUGGGAAUAAUUGCCGAAUUGCCGGACCACUAUUCCAACCAUCUCCGCACCAUCAUCAAAGAUUGCAUCACCGUCGACCCCAACGUGAGACCUUCGUGCUACGAAUUGCUCGACACGUUAUCGGUUCGGUUUCUUCGUAAAGAAAUGGAACUUAAAGACUCAACUAGUCGGCUUGACGAGUACCAGAAACAACUACUGAAGAGAAACGACGAACUUAAUAAGCGGGAAAGCGCUCUCAACUCCUUUGAGCGGGACCUCAAGGAUGAAUACGCCAACAUGCAGAAGAAGUUUGCACUACAAAGAAAAAAAAUCGAAGACGAACUCAUGGAAGAAUUCGAUAUGAGAAAAAAUGUCAUGGACCAAGAAGCAGAAGAAGUGCGGUUGAAUUAUCAGCGUGAAUUCAAACAUGUAGUAGAGCACGAGGUACAGCUCCGGUUAAAGGAGAUGAAGAAAAAAAUGGAACUGCCGCCAAAACCAAAAGGACCAAGAGAACUCGUGGAUAUCAGACGACCCCCACUCAAAGCCCGAGUUGAAAACGAAUACGAUAAUAGGCGAAAGCGUAUAACUGACGAGUUGGAGCGGUUGGCAUUGGACAAGCGCCAUGUGCCCGAAUACGAGGAACGGUACAUGCGUCGGCAUUACAAUUGA